CAUCUACUUCCGGUCACGUGACCGCUGCUGGCGGAAGCGGCUGAAGUAGAUCCGGGCGGAAGUGAACCGGCCUCGGCCUCGGCCUCGGUCCCGGUCCCGCCCGCUGCUGCCCCCGGGUGCUCGGCGGCAGCGAGACGAGCCGCGGCCAUGGAGGCGGGCCCGGUUCCUGAGAGCGUUGCUGAGAAGUGCCCCCUGGCACCGGAAGACGUGGAGCCCGGCAGUGGGGUGUACUCCUGCUUCAUGAAGUCCCAUCGCUGCUACGACCUGAUCCCCACCAGCUCCAAGCUGGUCGUCUUCGACACCUCCCUGCAGGUGAAGAAAGCCUUCUUCGCGCUGGUCACCAACGGCGUGCGGGCCGCCCCGCUGUGGGACAGCAAGACGCAGAGCUUCGUGGGUACGUCCGGGGCAGGGCAGGGGGCCACAAGGGCCCUGGGGACCGGGCUGCCCAGAGGCUCCUUGCCCCACUCACUUGCUCUCUCCCCUCUAGGGAUGCUGACCAUCACCGACUUCAUCAACAUCCUCCAUCGCUACUACAAGUCGGCCAUGGUUCAAAUCUACGAGCUGGAGGAGCAUAAAAUCGAAACAUGGCGAGAGGUGUAUCUGCAAGACUCCUUCAAACCGCUGGUCUGCAUCUCCCCCAAUGCCAGCCUCUUCGACGCCGUCUCCUCGCUGAUCCAGAACAAGAUCCACCGGCUGCCCGUCAUCGACCCGGACUCGGGGAACACGCUCUACAUCCUCACACACAAACGCAUCCUCAAGUUCCUCAAGCUCUUCAUAACGGAGGUCCCGAAGCCGGAAUUCAUGGCCAAAACGCUGGAGCAGCUGAAGAUCGGCACCUACGCCAACAUCGCCCUGGUGCGCCCCAACACGCCGCUCUACGUCGCGCUGGGCAUCUUCGUGCAGCACCGCGUCUCCGCCCUGCCCGUGGUGGACGAGUCAGGUCGGGUCGUGGACAUUUACUCCAAGUUUGACGUCAUUAACCUGGCGGCCGAGAAGACGUACAACAACCUGGACGUGACGGUGACGCAGGCGCUGCAGCAUCGCUCGCAGUGCUUCGAGGGGGUGCUCAAGUGCUACAGACACGAGACCCUGGAGACCAUCAUCAACCGCCUGGUGGAGGCCGAGGUCCACAGGCUGGUGGUGGUGGACGAGAGCGAAGUGGUGAAGGGCAUCGUCUCCCUCUCGGACAUCCUGCAGGCGCUGGUGCUCCCGGGCGGGCCCCGGCCCUGAGGGGGGGCCCCGCUGCCUGUCUGAGACUGUCGCCGAGGGGGGGCUCUGCGUGACAGGGACCGAGGAUGCUAGGCCCCCCCGGCACCCAUCAUGCGCUGGCCCUGCCACUGCUCCACCAGCAUCACGCCUCCCGAGCCAGCUGCACACCGGCCAAAAGCCAGCAAUAAACCCCCCCAGUUCUCCCGGGCAGGCUGGGCCCCCAGGCCCCACCAGCGCGUCACUCGGCCGGGGGGAUGCCUGUGCCACCCUGCACUGGUGCUGCCAGCCCCUCCGAAACGGCCAGGGAAGCCCUGUGUGAUCAGCUGCCCCACGGUGCUGGACCUGUUCCCAUUUCUGCGCCCUGGGGCCCUUUGGCCACCCCCCGGGGGCUGGAACAGUUUCCUUAUUUCAUCCCCCACCCCCCAGGGGUCAGAUCUCAACCAGCUCCUGCCCUGCAGUGCCCCACGGCCCUGCCCCCAGGCAGCUGGAAUUCCAUUCCCCAGUGAUUCCCCCCUGGCCCUGCCCCCGGGCAUCUGGAAUUCCAUUCCCCAGUGAUUCCUCCCUGGCCCUGCCCCCGGGCAUCUGGAAUUCCAUUCCCCAGUGAUUCCCCCCUGGCCCUGCCCCCGGGCAUCUGGAAUUCCACCCCCCAUUCCCCAGUGAUUCCCCCCUUCCCUAAGUCCAAACCCUGUUUUUACUGAGCACCGUUUUUGCCGCCUGGCGCCGGAGUCCCAGCCUGGGGUGGGGACCUCGCUCACUCUUCCUCUCGCUGCCCCAGGCUUGGCACCUGGCACGCCCGGCUUGAGUCGGAGUCUGGGCCAGCAGCCGCUGGGAGGUUGGGGGAGGAGGUUCCCAGGGGCUUGUGCCCGGGGCCCCCUGCCCACGGCAUCUGCACCCCUCGCUGCUCGGUUACUGUAAGUCUAAUAAAAACCAGGCCAUGGGUCUGGAUGAAGUUAC